AUGUUCGAAAUUAGACCACGAAGCGUUCGAGCCUACGGAGAAGCAGUAAAUGAGUACGUCACUCGAAGAAGUCAUCAAAGGCAAGUGGAUUCGGCACAUGUUGCCGAAUUGCAAAGGCGCGAACAGCAAAACAGAGAAGUCAUUGAAAACUCUAAUAUGGAAAACCAAGAUUAUUAUGGUGAGCCACCGAGUGCUUCAAACAUUGCGGCUGAUGAAGACAUUACAUCAAAUCAUGCCCGCAAUCAUGAUGAGUCAACUUCAGACCCCGAACCAUUCAGAAUGUCCGUUUUUGAACGAGCGAUAUAUUAUGCCAUAACUUGUAUAUAUCAACCCGAAGGCGCGUAUCCAGCUUUUGUUUCGAGAGCUUGGUUAUUGAACCACAACACUGGCCAUUCUCGGAGCUUGAGAGUCUUUGCCGAUCAGUCGCGAAGGCAACCGAAAGUUCACCGGGUACGGCAAACGAUGACCACAAUCGACGCAGCCUCCAGGUUCUGGUUGGUGUGUGGUGGCAAUGAUGAUGGCGUGAGGUUAUGGAUUCUCUUCAUUGUCACAAAGAAGUCCUUCCCCACCAUCUUCUUCCUUAGAUGAUUUGUCAAUACCUUCUAAUUGUAUGGAAUUUCCUGAUGCCAUGCAAAAGCUGGUGGCAAUGCGAUAUUAUCUUCAUUGCAAAAAUUAUUUCCCAAUCCUACCGAAAGAAGCCAGUUACCAUAAUCUUGCCCGUUGGCAGACAAUCUCAUAUUUUGAUUUAACGUAAACGUGCUGAAAAACUGCCAUAAUUGACUACGCUUAGAUGUUGUGUCUACAGUUUCUUGUCAGUACCUCUUUGUAUAACGGGAAGACAUUGACACCAAUCACCACCCAAAACAAUUGUCAAGCCUCCAAAUAAAGAAUGAGAA